UGGGGAUGAAAGGAGUUGCUGAGGAGAGACGUCGUCGUCAUCGUCAUCGUGUCUACCGUUUGGGUACUCUCCAGAAUAUGCCUUAUGUCUGUUUCUUAAAGAAACAUUUCAUCAGUCGUAUUCAAGUACUCGAAAGUUUAACAACUAACUGAUAAACACGUAACAACAAUUAUACGAAUGUAAAUAUAUAUCACUAACAAUUAUCAAGAUGGAAUUACAUACAAAUCCAAGUAUUAAAAAGAACAAAGACAUAAAGCGGGGCGCGGAAACAAUAUUUGAAGGAUCAAAAAUUAGCAUUGUUGAUGAUAAUUAUGGAGUAUUUCGAUCAAAUGAUCCAAUUAUGUCGUUGGGAAACUCGACGGUAAAUUCAAAUCCUCAUGCUUCUGAUCAUCCGAUAGGCAGCGAUCAUCCCACGUCGUAUUGCGAAACUAUGAUGCACUUAUUCAAAGGAAAUGUUGGUUCAGGAAUAUUUGCACUUGGAGAUGCAUUUAAAAAUGCCGGAUUGUUUCUGGGUCCACCACUCACUAUAUUUCUCGGCAUCAUCUGUGUACACGCGCAACAUAUCCUCAUUGAAUGUAAUGAUGAGGCAUGUAAACAUGUGGGUAAUACUGUUAAAACAGACAGUAUUGGAUAUGCCGGAACCGUCGAAUUAUGUUUUGAAAUCGGUCCACAGCGGUUGCGAAAAUUUUCCGGAUUAAUGAGAAAGAUAGUGAACCUAUUUGUAUGUGUAACGCAGUUUGGUUUUUGCUGCGUUUACUUUGUCUUUAUAUCAACUAACAUGCUCCAGGUUUUAGACCAGUAUGGAUUCCAUUUGAGCGUUCACUGGCACAUGGCCAUUGCCUUGUUGCCGAUAAUGAUGAGCACGUGGAUAAGAAACCUCAAGUACCUGGCUCCAGUCUCUUCAAUAGCUAAUUUAUUAGUCGUUGCUGGCUAUGUUGCGACUAUUUACAUUAUGAGCUACAAUUUACCCCCGAUAAGUGAACGUCAUUAUGUCGCUGAGUACCAAUCGAUACCUCUGUUCUUUGGCACCGUUAUUUAUUCAUUCGAAGCUAUUACGCUGGUGCUGCCGCUCAAAAAUGAAAUGAAAAAUCCCCGGAAGUUCAGUAGUCCUCUAGGUGUUCUUAAUGUUGGUAUGGUGUUCGUCGCCGGGAUGUUUGUUACAAUGGGAUUCCUAGCAUACCUCCAGUAUGGUGAUAAUGUACAGGGAUCAGUUACGCUUAAUCUUAAUUCCAAAGAAAUAUUGCCACAAUGUAUAAAAGUUGCUAUAUCUUUGAGCAUCAUGUUUACAUAUGCAUUGCAAUUUUACGUGCCCGUAGCAAUUAUGUGGCCGGGAAUAGUCCAACGGUAUGGACCAUUCCGUCACCCAGUUAUUAUGGAAACCUGCUUCCGAUCGACACUCUGUUUAAUGACUUUUAUACUGGCAGAAGCAAUUCCUAAUCUUGGUCUCUUUAUAUCACUAGUCGGUGCAUUAAGUAGCACAGCAUUAGCGUUACUAUUUCCGCCAAUUAUUGAAAUAGUCGUCCGCUCACAAAAUAAUACUCUAAGUUAUUUUAAAAUAGUUAAAAAUUCUUUUAUACUACUGAUAGGACUUCUUGGAUUUGUCACAGGCACAUACGAAAGUAUAACAGCUAUUAUCAAUGCAUUUAGUAAAAAAUAGUUAAGUUUUAAUAAAUUUAGAAAUUAUUUAAAUAAAAAAUUAUAAAACAAAAAAAACAUUAA